UGUGAGGUCGGCGAAUUCAUGACAUGAGGGUGGCGGUCUGGUGCAUCUUGUGGUGCCUGCAUUCGACAUCUGCACUUGCAUUUGUGGUGAGGUGCAUGGAGCGCCAUGCUGCCCCGCAGCUGCUGAAUGUCGAUGCUUUGCUUCACUCAUGUGUGGCGGCCAUGGCCAUCCAUCUCUGCUCUGUGUCUGUCUGUGACAUGCAGGUGGUCCGUCCGACGGCAAACAGCGGGUCAUUUCGGCAACACAGCCGCAGUCGGCGUUUGCUCCGCACCGCCACCAGCAUGACGACGGCCGUUAACGGCGGACCCAAGGAGGUCGGUGAUUCACUCACUGAGACCACUCUUACAUGAGUGGCAGCCAGCCAGACAGAUGAGUGGGUGUGCGGUCUGUGUGCAUGGCAUGGCAUGCAGGAUUAUCUGGCCGUGCAUGUAUUCGGCGAAGUGACGGCCGGCAACGAAAAGGACUUUGCGACGGCGAGCCAUGCCAACGCCAAGAACUCGGUUAACGAGGCUGGGGUGGCAAGGUUCGACUUUCUGCGGGGCGAGGCUGACCCGUCGCGCUUCUGCCUCAUCGAAGGUGCGACACAUACACUCAUGGAUGGCUGGCUGGACGGCAGAUGGGUUAUUCCGUGGUGACCUGCUGUGGCAUGUGCAUCUCUUCUCUUCUCUUCUGUCCUCUCUCUCUCUCUCUUGCCGCCGCUCCUGAAUUGAAGUCUACAAGGACAAAGGUGACAGAGACAGACAGACAGACAGACAAAAAGGCAAACAGACUUGCUGGCGUUCCGUUCCAGCAAACACACGCCACGUACAUCACGCGGACGCCUCGCCUCUUGUCUGUCCUGUCUGUCCCCUUGAAUACAUCCAUCCAUCCAUCCAUUUAGAUGCUCCCGCAGCCCACAAGGAGACGGCGCACUACAACACCUGGCGGUCGACAGUGCAGGAGUGGAUGGCUGAACCACGGAGCGCCAAGAAGUACACCCCCAUAUUCCCACCCGCUGCCUAUUGGGACAUCGAGGCGUCGGCCAGCGAGUCGCCCAGCCCCCUCGAUGCCACAGAGACACCACUGCUCUGCGUCAUGGUCGAUGUGCAGGUAGACAGACAGACAGACAGACAGACCCACCGGACCGCUAGCUAAGCGGCUGGCUGGCUGGCAGGAAGGCAGGAAGGCAAGCCAACAAACAGGCGGUGUUUGUUCACCUGUCGUGCGUGGCUUUGGCUGGUGUGUUGUGCUGUGUGUAGGUGAAGGAGGGUUACGAGGAGGCUUUCAUCCAGGCGACACGUGCCAACUGCGAGUGCUCGGUGCGUGAGCCUGGGGUGUCGCGAUUUGACCUGCUGCGCAACAAUGACGACCCCUGCAACUUUGUGUUGGUGGAGGUCUACAACAACCCGGAGGCUCCCGCGCUACACAAGGUAUGAUACCUACCUACUUGAGGGGGGGCUCAGAUAUAUGCUCGCACCGGCAAUGAAGGACAAUCGUGGCCAAUGUCCCUCAUUGACGGUGUAGGAGACGAAGCACUACCAGACGUGGCGCGAGACGGUGCAGGAAAUGAUGGCUCGGCCCAGGCAGAGCGAGAAGUUUAUCACACAAUUUCCAUCCAGGUCGGUCAGUUUGUAGGGCGGCACACACAUCGCACCGAGCGCAUCACACACAGUCAGUCAAGGAUGGACGCGACGCCCUUCUGUGGGCUCACCCACUCACUCACUCACUCACUCGUGGCUGACUGGCUGACUGGCUGCACUCACUGCGUAUAUGUGUGUGUAUGUGUGGAUAUAUGUGAUGGAUGUGUGGGAUGUGUGUCCCUCCCUAGGGUCCACUGGCACCGUGUGGAGGCCCUGACACACAAGCCCCUCACAGAGCCACUGGGCUUCCCGGGAACCUUCGAAUUCGGUUGGUCAAACACACAGAACACAGAGCUCCCUCCCUCCCUCCCUUGACAUAAAUCACACAAAUGAAUGCCAUGCCGUGCAUGACCUGACUGACCCGCCCACACACGUACGGUACGCGUACCUACGUCCGUCCCUUGUGUGUGGUGUGUGCGUGUAUGUGUGCAGUAUCUGCGGGCAAAAUCAUGUUUGGGAAGGGGUGUGCGUCUAAGCUGCCUGGGAUUGUCAAGAAGGCCGGCAAGUCGCGGGCCCUCAUCGUAACGGGCAGCCACGGACAGGACCGACACAAACACAUCAUCGACUCACUCACAGUAAGUCACCCACACACACACACACACACAGACACUCUUUACAUAUAUGUGGACACCCAUUCAUUGUUGGCACCAUAUGUAUGUGGAUGUGUGUGUGUGUAGGAUGAGGGCAUCUCGUGCGCGUUCAUGAGCAUCGGCAAGGAGCCAACCGUCGAGGACGUCCGCGCCGGCACACAGGCCGCCAGAGACGCCGGAUGCGACACAGUCAGCCCCUGCACACACACACACACACUCACACACACACACACACGCGCACACACACACAGAGAGAGAGAGAGACACUUCGCUGCCUGGACAUUUCCCCUCCCUGUGUGUGUCCUGCAGGUUAUAUCGAUUGGUGGCGGGAGCGCAAUCGAUGCAGGCAGGUUCUUGUGGAUGUGGCUAUGCUUACAUGCCAUGUGUGGACAUAUGCGGCUCUUUGUAUGGACGCCUGUCGACGCAGGCAAGGCGAUCGCAUCUCUGCUGGCCAACGGGGGCGACCCCUUGGACUACAUGGAGGUUAUUGGGAAGGGCAUGCCCAUCACACAGCCAUCCGUCCCCUUCUACGCUCUGCCCACCACUUCCGGCACCGGAAGUGAAGUUACCAAAAAUGCCGUACUCGCCUCACUACAACACAAACAAAAGGUAGCGAGGGAAAGAGCUUCGUAAGUGGCGCGGGGUGGGUGGUGAGCUCGCCGUGUGCAUAUCGAGAUGGAUUGGGCACUCUAUCUCUCUCGCUCUCUCUCUCGCUCUCUCUCUCUCUCUCUUUCUCUCUCUGUGUGUGUGUGUGUGUAGGCGUCGAUGCGGUCUGAGCUGAUGCUGCCGACGAUGGCGAUUGUUGACCCGAUGCUGACGGUGUCUGCCCCAUGCAACGUUACCGCUUCCACCGGCCUGGACGCACUCACGCAGGUAUGCUGGAUGGAUGGGUGGAUGCCAUACGUCCAGACACACACGCGCACCCUUCACGGAGUAAUGGGUCGUCCUCAGUGCAUCGAGCCAUAUGUGAGUCACCUGGCGAAUCCGCUGACGGAUGCUUUGGCCAAGGAGGGCAUCAAGAGGGCAGCCAGGAGCCUCCGGGCCGCUUACAGAGACCCCAAGGACAUCGCCGCACGAGAGGAAAUGGUCAGUCAGCCAGUCAGUCACAAAUACAUACAUGCGAUGCGCACACGAGUCACUCCUCGACUCCUUGACUCAUUCACUCACUAACUGACUGCAGGCUCUGGCGUCUGUCUUGGGUGGGUUGUCUCUGGCCAACGCCAAGCUAGGUGCUGUCCAUGGCUUUGCUGGUGUCCUGGGGGGCUUAUACCCUACUGCGGCCCACGGCGCCAUCUGCGCCGCACUACUGCCCUUUGUCUUCGAGAUGAACGUCGCAGCACUCUCAGACGAAUACGUACGUGGGCAUUCCCUCCCGUUGACGGAUACCAGCCCCCGAUGGAUGGAUAGAUGGAUGAGUGGGCAUUCUCUGUCUGUCCGUUUACUUACGUGUCUGUCUGUUGUCUCCCCCGCCCCAUUCAGAGCCGCACGCAGGACCCGGCCGUCGUGCGGAGGUUGGCGAAGUUCACGGAAGUGGCCAGGAUAGUCACCAGUGAGUCAGUCACCAACCAGGCCUGGCCUGACGCACACAAGACACGCAACAGGCAGCCCUCCCUGUGUAGCAUCCAUCCAUGCGUCCACCGUUUGACUAUUCCUCCUUGUUCAUGUGUGUGAUGACGGGUCGAUCAACCGAUCGAUCUAUCUUGUGGCGAUCGAUCGAUCAGACAAUCCCGAUGCGACGGCUGAGGAGGGCGCCGAGUGGCUCAGUGCCCUUGCCACGGACCUUCAUGUGCCACUCCUGGGUGAGUAGCUAGGCGAGUGCCUGUGCGGCCAUGACAGCUUACGUUGAUCUUAUUUUGUGGUGUCUUAUGAAGGCGAAUACGGGCUCACCCCAGACCAGUUUCACAAGGUGGGUGCGUGGGUGGGUGGGAGCUAGGACAGUGAGUGCUGUGCUGCAUUGAUUGCUCGUACAACCCACGGCCUGGCUGCAUACAUGCGCUGCACGUGUGGUCUGUGGUUGGUUGGUUGGUUGGUUGGUGGGUUGGACAGGUCGCAGAGGUCAGCGCGGCGUCGAGUUCGAUGAAAGGCAAGUUCGAUGAAAGGCAAUCGCGUACACAAAUGCUCACACACUGACGUAUGAUGAAUACAUACGUUCAGGUAAUCCUGUGCAGCUCUCCAUCGACCAGCUCAAGACCAUCCUCAAACAAGCCACCUAGCGAAUGGCUGUGGCGCGUUCAUAUUGUGUGCGUGCAUUUAUCAUCGUUGGUGUGUGUGGGGGGCGGGCAGGCGGGCGGGCGUGUUCGCUGCGGUCUGUUGUGUUGUAUUGUGUUGUGUGGGUGGCGGGCUGCAUGCAUCUCUCGAUAGCGAGAGGCUGCACAUUUUUAGGACUGUGCAUCGUAUGCGAAUGAGACAAGGCUUAGAGUCAAU